AUGUCUAAAAAAGCACGCGCCGCAGGGAAGUGCCGGGCGACGGACAAGAGGUUGAUGGAGGGCGAGGGCGAGGACAAGGGCGAGGGCGAGGAGGAAGAGGAGCAGCAGCAGCAGCAGCAGCAGGAGGAGGAGGAGGAGGAGGAGGAGGGCGAUGGAUGCGUCGAGGCAAACCGCCAGAGCCAAGGGCAAAGCAAAGGCAGGAGACGGCACCUAUGUACGAGCGAGGUGUACAAGUACAGCUACCAGGUCGCGGGAGAGAGAGGCUCGCAAGGAUGA